AUGAUUCAUUUACAGACAAAGUGUCACUCCUACCAUGCUUAUCUUGCUGAGGUUGGAGAUUCAAAUGAGGAUAAUUUCUUGAAAGAAUUGGUCGCUAAACAUCAAACACACGAAGACUACUGGUUGGGCGCUACCGACAUAUUUGUGGAGGGAGACUGGCGAUGGAACGAACAUGAUCAGCGUUUGAAUUAUACCAACUGGCACCACGGGGAGCCAAACAAUCUUCACUCCCAUGGCGAGGACUGUUUAGCAACUCGUUUCAGUGGUUCAAGCUUCCAAUGGAGAGAUUAUGAAUGCACGUCAGAACGUUAUUUUAUUUGUGAGACAGGAGGCCGGUGGAUAACGUUCGGUUGAAUCAAGAAGCAUCUAGCAAUCCAACAAAAACAAAUAGUAUCAUACAUAUAAUUAGUAUUCUUAGUUUUCCAUGUAGUAUUUGCUAACUGCCAACUGGUUUAUAUACGUAUGUUUAAUUGGUUGGCGGCGAAAUUUACAAAAGAAUGACUGUUAUCUUGAUUAAAAUCCAUCCUUAUGAAAAUAAAAUGUAAAAUAUGAAUCGCACACAAUACAUUGUAGCGUUUUAGCAUAAUCUGUCUUUUUGUCAAAUUGAAGCGGUAUAUUUUACUUUAAAUAUACUUCAUUGCAUUGUUCUAAGUAAAAACUAAAUUCAAUGAA